UAGAUACGCUUACUCCACUUCCAAACAAGAAACAACAGGGGAAGAAAAUUCGUGGGUGCCCAACUUGGUUCUUGUAAGCAAAGUAAAGAACAGAAUAGUGUUAACCCAGCAUCCAAACAUAGUAUAAUUGAAUUGUUUAGCUUCCUUUUCUUCUUCUUCUUCUUCUGUUGCUAAAUUAGAACUGAAGUGAAUUGAAGUCCCCAAAUAUUCUGUUUGCACAUUUUGGAUGGGUAAUUUGAAGACUGAUUCUCCCCUCUCUCGUCGCAUCGUUCGUUCCUUCUUAGAUUUCCUCAACUCCGUUGAACCUGCCCCAGGGGUUGAUUUUGAAGGCCUUGAAGUUGCCAGGGAAUGUUUGACGGAGGUGUUUAAACUUGACUCAGCUUCUAUAAAUGAUGUGAAAUCUGAUAGUUUAGUUGACAUAUUCAGUUCAUUGGAAGCAAGUGAGGAUAAGAAUAUUAAAUCUGAUCUCAGUCACAGGGGAACUUCUGAUAAUGACCCCUGUUCGUCGUCUGCCUGUGAUGUAAGAAGUGCUAAUUCUGUGGAGGCAGCAAAACUGGGGGAUAACUGGACUAGAGAAACUCAGUCUUCUGGAGUCUCUAAGGAUGAACUCUUUGGGCAAUUCUUUGCUGCACUGGAGAAAAUUCACUUUUUUAGGUCCAUGCCUGAUGGGAAUGAUGAUCCUGCCCAACUGGAUAAAGCCACUUGUUUAUUUGAAGAUGCUUUACAUGAGAUGGAAAGAUCUGGAUGUCAGGCAUUUGACUGUAGAAAUCUGGCUGAGACAUUCAAAUGUCAAGGUAAUAGGGCCAUGCAGUCAAAGCUAUACUCUGAUGCGAUAGAAUUAUAUUCUCUUGCUGUUUCUCUUUGCGAUGAUCAUGCAGUUUAUUAUUGUAAUAGGGCUGCUGCUUAUACUCAAAUUUGCAAGUACAAUGAAGCCAUUAAAGACUGUCUUAAAUCCAUUGAAAUCGAUCAUAAUUACUGCAAGGCGUACAGUCGUCUUGGUUUAGCAUAUUAUGCUCAAGGCAACUAUGCUGAUGCAAUUGAGAAAGGAUUUAAGAAAGCCUUGCGAUUGGAUCCAAACAAUCAAUCUGUUAUAGAAAAUAUUCGGGUAGCUGAGCAGAAAUUGAAAGAUGGGCCGCAGAGGGCAGACUGGGAUCGGAGUGCUAGUUCCAGCCAUAAUAAUCAAGGAUCUAAUAACCAUUCAACUGGAUCAAGAAGUCACGGUGCAUCACCUCCAUUUUCGAUGCCUUUCGAUAUCAGUGCCCUUCCCACCAAUAUUGCGAACAUGUUUAUAAAUAUGGCUGGAAGUGCAUAUCAGGGACAACCAUCUCAAAACCGGCAAGGGGAAGACACGAACGUGAAUGGAUCAGAAGAAGCCGGAAUAAGAAUGGGUGGGGGGAACACCAACUUGAAUUUCGGCGGGCAAAUGAACAUGCCGGAGGAGUUAACUGGAGCCUUCAGAUCUAUGAUGGGCAUGUUCUCAGGGACAUCACCCCAUGGAAACAACACUCCGGACACAAAUGGAAGAUCAGCUUCCAACUAAAUAAUUGCACUACACUACAGAAAUAAGUAUGUAUAUAACAAAGGUUUUCUGUCCAUUCCCUUUGAACUAGAGUUUAAUCUAUUCAAGCCCUCGAACUUAAACUCAUAACUUAAAGUUUGAUUUUCUUUUUAAAAAUUAGAGUUGAUGUGACACGUGGCAAUGAUACAAUCAUUUGAACUUUUUAAUCCGAACAAUUUAUGUUUUAGUCCCUA